AAGCCAAAUGUGUUUCUGACCACCAGUUGGAGAACACAGUGAAGCUACAGUAUCUGCAGCUAUGAGAAACAGAAAGCAGGAGGAGACCCUUCAAUUUUUUACAGGCUUUGUCUUUAGUCUUGUUUUGACCUCAUCAGCAUUCAUUACAGGUCAGAUCAGGUUGGCAGGGCGAGGAUCAACUCGGUGCUCUGGAAGGGUUGAAGUUUUCUACAGCUAUUCCUGGGGAACGGUCUGUGAUGAUGAGUGGGACAUAACUGAUGCUAAUGUGGUUUGUCGACAGCUGGACUGUGGUCCAGCUAUCAGUGUAGUUGGUUCUGCUCACUUUGGUCAAGGACUUGGACCAAUCUUGCUUGAUGAUGUUCGGUGCUCAGGAAAUGAAAAUUCUCUAACCAGCUGUGCACACAAUGGUUAUAGGAAACACAACUGUGGUCAUGGUGAGGAUGCUGGUGUGGUCUGUUCAGAAUCUGCAACCAGACUGACUGGAUCAACUUCCUGCUCUGGAAGAGUUGAGAUCAAACACGACGGCCAAUGGGGAACAGUCUGUGACAACGGCUGGGAUCUAUCUGAUGCUCAGGUGGUCUGCACACAGUUAUCCUGUGGUUCAGCAUUAAAUGCCACUUCAUCAGCAGUUUUUGGUGAAGGAACCGGCCAAAUCUGGCUUGAUAAAGUGAACUGUACAGGAAGUGAAAGCGCUCUAACUAACUGUCAGCAUUCAGGGUUUGGGACACACACGUGUAAUCACACUGAGGACGCUGGUGUGGUCUGCUCAGGUCCGGUCAGGUUGGCAGGUCCUGGAUCAACUCGGUGCUCUGGAAGGGUUGAAGUUUUAUUUAGAUAUACCUGGGGAACGGUCUGUGAUGACGAGUGGGGCAUAGCUGAUGCUAAUGUGGUUUGUAGACAGCUGGACUGUGGUACAGCACUCAAUACAACGAGUUCUGCAUACUUUGGUGAAGGAGAUGGACCAAUCUGGCUUGAUGAUGUUCGGUGCUCAGGAAAUGAAAGCUCUCUAACCAGCUGUGGACACAAAGGUCAAGGGAAACACAACUGUGGUCAUGGUGAGGAUGCUGGUGUGAUCUGUUCAGACUCUGUGAUCAGAUUGACUGGAUCAACUUCCUGCUCUGGAAGAGUUGAGAUCAACCACGACGGCCAAUGGGGAACAGUCUGUGACAACGGCUGGGAUCUAUCUGAUGCUCAGGUGGUCUGCAGACAGUUGAACUGUGAUGCAGCAUUAAGUGCCACUUCAUCAGCUGCUUCUGGUCCAGGAACUGGUCAAAUCUGGCUUGACCAUGUGAACUGUACAGGAAGUGAAAGCGCUCUAACCAACUGUCAGCAUCCAGGGUUUGGGACACACAAGUGUAACCACAAUCAGGACGCUGGCGUGGUCUGCUCAGCGAAUUUUCCACAGCCCAGGAUCUCUAUUAGCCCUGCUGGUUCGGUCACCUGGGGUCAGCAAGUCAACAUCACUUGUUCUACUGCAGCUGCACCUUUAAGUGGAACAUUUAUCCUCCUAUGGACUUUAGGAUCAUUCAGAAUGAAUCAGUCAUCAGAUUCCAACUCUGUUACCUUCAACAUCCCUAAAGUGACCAGCGAUCAUCAUGGAGAAUUUCGUUGUCGGUAUGAGAUAAAGAUGUCAAACCAAACCUUCCUCAGUAGCUCUGUUAAUCUUAGAGUGAACCUUCCAAAGCCCAACAUCUCUAUAAGCUCUGCUGCUGAGGUCAUCUGGGGUCAACAACUCAUCAUCACUUGUUCUGUUGAAGCUGCACCUUUAAGUGGAACAUUUAUCCUCCAAAAGACUUCAGGGUCACAGCAAAUGAUUCAGCCAUCAGUUUCCUCCUCUGCUACCUUCAACAUCUCUAAAGUGACCAUGAAUCAUGAUGGAGAAUUCAAGUGUCAGUAUCAGAAAAGGAUGUUAAGCCAAACAUUGACCUCUCCAUACAGUGACUUUGUUCGAGUUACUGUGAACCUUCCCAAGCCCCUCAUCUCUUUUAGCCCUGCUGCUGAGGUCACCUGGGGUCAGCAAGUCACCAUCACUUGUUCUGUUGCAACUGCUCAAGUUCAUUCUGGAACAUUUACUCUCCAAAAGACUUCAGGCUCGUUCAGAAUGACUCAGUCAACAUAUUACAGCCUUUCUUCCUUCUUCAUCAAAACUGUGACCCUGGAUCAUGAUGGAGAAUUCCUGUGUCAUUAUCUGUCAAGGGAAAGAUACUCCUCAGUCCGUGGCGACGCUGUUCGUUUUACUGUGAAUCUGGAGAGGCCCAUCAUUUCCCUGACAUCCCCAGAUGGAGGGUUGGUCUGGGGUCCAGGAGGAGCAGAGGUUACCAAGGGUUACGGCCUCUCCUUCACUUGCUCCAUUGACCCCAGAUAUCCUCAGGGAGAUUUCUCUCUCAUCUUCUCCGGCUCCAACAUCAGAGAAACCAGGCCAGCAGUCAAACACUCAGCCUCCUUUAACUUCCCAGCUGCUGAGUUUGAACACCAGGGCAGCUACAGCUGUGUGUAUGAGGUUACCAUGGCUACACGGACGUUCAGUUCUGCUCAGGCAGAACCCAUUAGUCUGGCUCUUAAAUCCUCUUCACGGGUGCUGGUUUCCUCAGUCAUCUGUGGAAUCCUGCUGCUGGUCCUGCUGGUGUCUCUAGCAGUCUGCCUGGGCGUCAGGGGGAAACUCUGCUCUGAACGGUUCAUACCGUCUGGCCAAAACCAAACACCAGUUGGAGAACACAGUGAAGCUACAGUAUCUGCAGCUAUGAGAAACAGAAAGCAGGAGGAGACCCUUCAAUUUUUUACAGGCUUUGUCUUUAGUCUUGUUUUGACCUCAUCAACAUUCACUACAGGUCAGAUCAGGUUGGCAGGGCGAGUAUCAACUCGGUGCUCUGGAAGGGUUGAAGUUUUCUACAGCCAUUCCUGGGGAACGGUCUGUGAUGAUGAGUGGGACAUAACUGAUGCUAAUGUGGUUUGUCGACAGCUGGACUGUGGUCCAGCUAUCAGUGUAGUUGGUUCUGCUCUCUUUGGUCAAGGAGUUGGAAAAAUCUGGCUUGAUGAUGUUCGGUGCUCAGGAAAUGAAAACUCUCUAACCAGCUGUGGACACAAUGGUUAUGAGAAACACAACUGUCGUCAUGAUGAGGAUGCUGGUGUGGUCUGUUCAGCGGACUUUCCCAAGCCCAGCAUCUCUACAGGUUCUGCUAAGGUCACCUGGGGUCAACAAGCCCGUAUCACUUGUUCCGUUUCUGCUACAACUUUUAGUGAAACAUUUAUCCUCCAAAAGACUUCAGGAUCAUUUAGACUGACUCAGUCAUCAGUUUCUUCCUCUGCUACCUUCAACAUCCCUAAAGUGACUCUGGAUCAUGAUGGAGAAUUCAAGUGUCAGUAUGAGAAAAUGAUAUCAAGCCAAACAUUCACCUCCCCCUUCAGUAACUCUGUUCGUCUUAGAGUGAACCUUCCCAAGCCCAGCAUCUCUACAGGCUCUGCUGAGGUCACCUGGGGUCAACAAGUCAGCAUCACUUGUUCUGUUGCUGCUUCACCUUUAAGUGGAACAUUUAUCCUCCAACAGACUUCAGGAUCAUUUAGACUGACUCAGUCAUCAGUUUCCUCCUCUGCUACCUUCAACAUCCCUAAAGUGACUCUGGAUCAUGAUGGAGAAUUCAAGUGUCAGUAUGAGAAAAUGAUGUCAAGCCAAACAUUCACCUCCCCCUUCAGUAACUCUGUUCGUCUUAGAGUGAGUCUGGAGAGGCCCAUCAUUUCCCUGACAUCCCCAGAUGGAGGGUUGGUCUGGGGUCCAGGAGGAGCAGAGGUUACCAAGGGUUACGGCCUUUCCUUCACUUGCUCCAUUAACCCCAGAUAUCCUCAGGGAGAUUUCUCUCUCAUCUUCUCCAACUCCAACAUCACAGAAACCAGGCCAGCAGUCAACAACUCAGCCUCCUUUAACUUCCCAGCUGCUGAGUUUGAACACCAGGGCAACUACAGCUGUGUGUAUGAGGUUACCAUGGCUACACAGAGGUUCAGUUCUGAUGAGGCAGAACCCAUUAGUCUCAUCAUCAAAUCCUCUUCACUGCUGCUGGUUUCCUCAGUCUCCAGUGGAAUCCUGCUGCUGGUCCUGCUGGUGUCUCUAGCAGUCUGUCUGGGCUGCAGGAGGAAACUCUGCUCUAAACAGCCCAUACCGUCUGACCAAAACCAAAUGACUUUCCAGCAGUUAAACACACAAGACCUCGAGAAUGAUUGCAACGACUAUGAAAAUAUUGAUGCAUUUCACUCAGUAAAGGAACUGGAGAUGGACGAAGAGUCAACAAGUGAUGAUGAUUAUGAGGAAGCAGAGCCUCAUUUAAGACAAAUCAUUGUUGGUGUCAAGAAUUACGCAUCAUCAGAACAAACAUUUGAAGAAGACGAAGAAAGCACUGAUGAAGAUGUCUACGUGAAUGUUGAUGCAACCUGGAAAAAUAAUGUAGUGCAAGCUAAAAAAUGUGUAAAUGAGUAUCAAUAGAUGAAAGCUGAGAAUUACCAAGACCAAAUUAGGUACAAAACAAAUAUUUAGCUUCAAAGAAUCUAGCUUAUAUAUAAGAAAAUGGCUGUGCCUG